AUGGUGAGUAGGAGUGCUACUGCGCCAUUACCACCUCAUCAUGGACCCAAUCGGUUUACACCGUCACCACGACAAUUAAUUGCUACACGUCCACAGACAAGUGCAUUUUGCGAGUGUGCACAGCAGAGGAAUGUCAGUGUAACGUAUGAAAGCGCUUCGACUUUAGCAGCAUCAGAAGUAGAAGGUAUAGAGGUUAAUUCAAAGAUUGCCGAAAUUCAGUCGCGAGUGGAGGAGCUAGUGCGUCGUUAUAACGAUGUUGUAACUUGUACGGACACUGAAGAUGAAGAGGUCUCGCUUGAGAAUGAAGUGGUGCGGAUUCCAGCUCGAUGGCGAGUGGGUGACGUGCUGCUUUCAACACACCGUUCGUUGGUUCAAGCAGGUAGGAACACAGCACAUCAGAUGUUUGCAGAAUUCGGUGACGAUCUCAAAGCGAACGCUGCAAUCGGUAGCCAAGCGUUAAGAAUGGGAGAUGCUUUUAAUGAAGCUGAAGAACACGCUGCACAGCGGCAUCACCGCCUUGCACACAUUCGUCAUGCUUUGCAUCAUGUUGUUGCUGACAAAAUGGCAGAUAAUAGUGAGGAGGAUGACGAGACGAAUACUUUACCGCUUGCUAUGCGAGAACAUCAAUUUAAGAAACGAGAACAUCAAUUGAAGUUUACAAUUGACGCACUUUAUCGUGAAAAGGAUUCCAUGGCGAACCAAUUACAAGGAGUAUUACGACUUCAGCAAACUUUACGUACUACGAUUGAACAGCAAGCACAAGAUCUUGUAAAGGCUGAACGAGCGCUGCGAGUUCAGUCGGAGGAACUUCGUCAACUUCAAGAACACAGCGCAAGUGCUGCAGAAAUUGCAAAUGUACGAGCUGCAUCGUGGCGUGAUAAAUUUCAAGCAAGUGCUAAAGCUGUAACGGCUGCAGAAGCGAAGGUUGAGGAGCUGGUCGCUAAAGUUCGUGUGCAAAGUGAAGAGAUUGCUAAGCACACGUUUGUAUUGCAAACGAAAACGCAGGAAAUGGAUCGGUAUAAAGAAAUCGAAGCAGCUCGUACUCGAGCUGCGGCAGCAGCACAGGCUGCAACACUUGCUGAUGCACAGGCAACGAUCAGAAAGACAAAAGCCGAGGUAUUAGAAGAAAAGCGUACUAUAGAGUACACCAGCAAAGAUCUUCACGAGAUGAAAGACAAUAUCUGUCAACUCGAGAAGACACUUUCUGAAGUCAGAAAUGUCAAACAGGGAUUACAAAUUGAGAAUGCUGAACUGUUACAACGGUUACGAGAAGUCCAAGCUCGCUUUGGUGAGCAUCGGAAGUCUAGAUAUCUACUUCAAGACAAAGACGUUAACAAAUUAGAGACAACUCCUGCAUUGUUCGCAUUAAGGCUGCGUGAAGAAAAUUCAAGAAAUGAGACCGGGAAUGUGCCGAAAAGCUCUUUCGAGGUCUACAAUAAUGAUUUAUCUCUCCCACUGAUGGGCACGACGCAGGAAACAGAGGGUUUAUUAAACAGAGAUAGUGACACCAACUCCAUUGACGGGAAUAGUGACGAAGAGGUCAAACGAGACGAAAAAGAGUUGAAUAGCGUCAUGCAGCAUGUCUUGACCACCAUGUUUCCUUUGUAUUUACCAGAGGAAAGCGAUUUGACGUUAGACGAAAGGAUUGCUCAGUAUGAAGAAUUCACUAUUACAUCAUUAAGUACAAUUCAAAGGAGCCCUAUAGCUGCAGCUGAAUUAGUAAACGAAGACAUGAUAUCUCGCUCAGAAUUGGAUACGUUGCAAAAAAUGUACGAGCAUGAAAUCGACGCUGUGAAGCAGCAUUAUGUUGAAAACUUAUGGGAAUACAAGUCAUUAAUAAUCCAACAGUGUGAACGACGCCAAGCUCUUGAGAGCGAAAGUCAUCGACAGGAGAUUGAGAAAUUAUUGCAACUUGUCCAAAGCAAGUUCCACGCCGAGCAAGCUCGACGCAGUGAGCAUUUGCAACGCGUCAAAGAGUCACUUAAAAUGUUGUAUCAUGCACUACGUCAAUCCUCGGUCUCGGAUGCCCAGACAGAUUUGGUGUGCCACGAAGACAAGCCUAUUCAGUCUAAAAAAUCAGCGAAACCACUUAAGUUGAUUCUACGUGCUGCCAUUUUGGCUUUGUCAAGGUCAGCGAAUCGAAAUGGUCGAGAUACAAAGCAAGCUGAACAUGUUCACAAGCAACUUUUACCAUCUUCAUCGUCUACUGACACUCAAACGAUGGCAAUAGCAGCUGCAAUGACCAUGUAUCCCAUGAUUCGCGAUAUUAAAAUUACAAAAGCAGAACCUCAGGAUAUGUCAUGCCAGACUGACCUUCUACCAAUUCUUAGAGAACAAGAACAAAUGGAUGAAUUAGUUACUAUAAAGCGCCAAAUUGAACUUCUUCCAACUUCUCGACACCAAGAACAAAUGGAUAAAUUGGUUACUACAGAGCGUCAACCUGAAAGCUGUGUGCUGCCUGAUUUAAAAGAGUUGGUCAAAAGCAGCAAACAGCAGCAAAACCUCUUUAUGCUGCAUCUAAUUAGUGGAAUUCCAAUCUCCGCCACGCUUCUUGCCGAAUUGCGCCAGUCUCUUCCCAAACUUCCUCCAGGCGACUUAUAUGUGUCAAAUGCGCUGCGUCUUGCGUUAUUCAAUGAACUUGUUCGUUUUUACGCUGCAAUGGAAGAGACAAUACAGAUGCGUUCAAAAAAAUGUGACCAUAUCCAGGGCGUCGAAAUCGCCAUCGGUAGCCCUCGAGAUACGCCUUAUUUACGACGAAAAGCAUUAGAAGCUGUGGACGGCAAGAAUAGGCAGCGGCACCGCAGACAAUUAUUCACGUCGGGUGGCACAGCUGUCCUGCAAGCUGCACCGUUAACUUCAACAUUAUUUACUCUUUACAUAGAUGUUGUGUAUACCACAUAUCUUUGCUACCCGCAAAGUUCUCGUGUACGUGGCGAUGUGUACAAUUUGCUUGGCCAAAUUCCGUCUCUGCAGCCCAACUGUGGAACAUAUACUCAUAAUGACGGAACAACCAGCACUUUACUUAAUCUCGAAGGCACAAUCCCCAUAUUCUACCGAAACAAUCAGUACAAUAUUCCUGUUGAGUUUUGGAUUGUCGAAACGUACCCCAUGUCACCUCCAGUAUGUUUCGUACGUCCAACAAUUGACAUGAUGGUCAAACCUAAUCAUCCGCACGUUACAAGCGACGGAUACGUCAAAAUCCCGUACACGAGCGACUGGCGACAGGACUUUACGUUGCUGGAACUUAUAGCCCAUAUAUGCAGUAUAUUUGGCAAUAUGCCCCCAGUUUUUCGUCGACCAGACGUCGUAAACUCUCAAAACAGAGCCACUCAUAGCUCGUCGGCAGUCAGUAGUGGAACAGGAGGAUACUUUCAGCAAGGAUCAUUUGCCCAAACGCAUCCACCACAACCGUCACCGCACUAUCUCUCACAAUUUCAAUCUCAUUCAAGACAGAACGAUGAUAGUGGUGUAUGGACUCAAAAUACUAGUCAACAUUCGUCUAUGUCAAAUUCAGGGUCAUAUGGGUCAUCUCAAGAACGUCUAGGGGUUGUGAAAUCGGAAGUGACGAGAAAAAUUCAAAUGCUAAUGGAAAAGCGAUUUAAACGCAUACGAGACGAUAUGGAUGUUCAAUUCGAGCAUGAAGUGCAGCUGGCACAGUCACAAGAGAAUGUUGAACGUGGUCUGCAGUCAUUACGUGCUCUCCGGGACGAUCUGACACGUGCAAAGAACUUGGUAGAUGUACAAGAUUCAGAAGUUACGACUUGGCUGAACGACAAUGAGAAUAAAGAGACUGUGGAUCCGGAUUCGAUUGUAGUAGGAGGCGAUGCCCUUUCAGAACAAUUGAUUGCGACGCUGGCAGAGCAGCAUGCAAUUGAUGACGCGCUGUACUAUAUGGACCGCGCAAUAAGCAAUGAUGCGAUAGUACUUUCCGUCUUUCUAAAAGAGUCAGAUACAAUAAUUUGUGCGUCGGUCGUGCCCACUCGCCGAAGAUGGAGACAAAAUAGCCAAGAGUUAUGCCAUGUCAAACAUUCUGACAUGCUCCAAGAUUUCGUAAGUGAAGAAGUUGCUACAUUUAUAACACCAGUACGCGUGGACUUGUACCAAGCAAUGGACUAUUGA